GUGGAGAAGACUACCAAGUUCUCUCUGGUAGAGGAUGCAGCGCAAAAUUGUACCUUUUUAAUGGACAGGCUGAAUGAGCAUCAUCUCUACCAACCUCGCCUGUACGACGUGGACAUUGUGCUGGAGUGCCAACACAGUAGGUUUUCUGCCCACAAGGAUGUGGUAGCUGACCAUAGCCCCUUCUUCCAGGCCCUCCUCUCACUGUACCACAUAAACCUUGCCUUUGAGGUGUUGACAAUCCAGGGCGUGAAGCUCCUUAACUUCAUCUGUACCUCCAGGCUGCUGGUAAGUGACAGCACCAUCAUCUACAUCCUGCAAGCAGCCAUUGUUCUACAGAUGAGUGAUCUAGCAAGCUCAUGUCACAAGCUCUUCAACAGCCAAUCCCUUUCCCCAGAGAUGGCUAACACAGAGGGUGAGGGCAAUCAGAUGCAUCAAGGUAUCAAGAUGAAAGAGCUUGAGAAAAUGUACACACAGCAAGGAAAUGGUACUUUUUCAUUGCUUGUAGAGGACAGUAGAACAACACACCUUUCAGUUAAUCCCAGCCAUCAGUCCAAACACUUCUACAAAAAGGAUGACAGUGGAGGGGGAGGGGCUAGUGGAGGAGGGCGGGGCUUAUACCCUGUGGAGGGAGGAGCUGUUCUCAAUGAAUCUGGACCCCAGGAUAUUUCGGUCUCCUUUAACAGAGAGCAGAUCAUUGUGGAGGUCAAUCUCAACAACCAAACGUUGAAUGUCUCCAAAGGAUCUGAUGGGAAGGGUAUCACCUCAAACACCUCUGGCCUCCUUGUCCACCAUCACAGCAACCUUUCUGUUGUGGAGGAGGGCAAGGAACAAAACAAUAAUGAAGAUGUUGAUGAGGAAGAAGAAGAGUAUGAACAUGAAAAGGAAGAGUUGGAAAAUUGCAGCAGUAAUGAGGAUGGAGACGAGGAAGAUGAGGAGGACAACAACCUAAACAUUCCAGUUGUGGGACGUACCAGCAUAGAAAGAUCACGAUGUGCCACACGAAAAUCAACAGGUGUGGAAUCAGCUGUCGCCAUGAAACAAACUUUAAUAAGCUCCAAAUUAGCAGAGCGAGUUGAGGGGAGGAAGAGGAGAAAAGAGCAGGAGAGCCUGGGCCAGAAAGUAAAGCUUGAGGAAAAGCAACACUUUUCCUGUAAGAAGUGUCCUCGCAUUUUUAACAACCGCUGGUAUCUGGAGAAGCACAUGAACGUCACUCACAACCGCAUGCAGAUCUGCAACAAAUGCGGCAAACGCUUUUUACUGGAGAGUGAGCUACUACUGCACCAUCAGACCAACUGUGAGAAAAGCAUACAGUGCGUGACCUGUGGGAAAACCUUUAAAAAGCUUUGGUCUUUACACGAGCACAACAAGAUUGUCCAUGGAUAUGCAGAGAAGAGGUUCUCAUGUGAAAUCUGUGAAAAGAAGUUCUACACCAUGGCCCACGUCAGGAAACACAUGGUUGCUCACACUAAGGACAUGCCAUUCACUUGUGAGACAUGUGGAAAGUCUUUCAAACGCAGCAUGUCGCUUAAAGUGCAUUCUCUGCAGCAUUCUGGAGAAAAACCCUUCAAGUGUGAGAACUGCAGUGAAAGGUUCCAGUACAAAUACCAACUGCGGUCUCACAUGAGCAUCCAUAUUGGACACAAGCAGUUCAUGUGUCAGUGGUGUGGGAAAGACUUCAACAUGAAGCAGUACUUUGAUGAACACAUGAAGACUCACACUGGAGAGAAACCUUACAUAUGUGAGAUCUGUGGAAAAAGCUUCACAAGCCGACCCAAUAUGAAACGACACCGUCGCACUCACACAGGCGAGAAGCCAUACCCCUGUGACGUUUGCGGCCAGCGAUUCCGCUUCUCCAAUAUGCUUAAAGCACACAAGGAGAAGUGCUUCCAGGUCAACAACCCUAUCGACCCCAACUCUCUAAACCUGGACACCACACCAGUUGAUAUGGACACACCCGCCAAUCAGAUUGCCAGCCAGCCCAUGACCCCUCCCGGCGAGGCGUCGAGUCUCCACCAGGUCAAGUCCCACUCACUUCCCUUUGUUCACUCGAUUGUAGGUCUUCCCUCUCCACCGCCCCUGUUUUCCACUGAAAGGGUUAACUCCAAUAACUAAAUUUAGGUUUAAGUUUGGAGGUCCUUUGAUAGUUUAUUGUCUGAAACCCAAAGCUUGCAGUAGUUCCACUGAUUCCCUUUGAGCUAUGUGAUUCGCAUCAAAUGUGAGUCGCUUGCACAGGGAUUUCCAUACGUGCCAAGUGAAGUCGAAGACUUUUGGCAGGUGUUUGAACAGUGUGUGACACUAAAUAUUCCUUUAAACUGUGCAAAUGUUCACUUAUAUUAUACUCAUAGAGAUAUUUUAUAUACUGUUAAAAUAAGCUUCUCAUAUUGCCGAAAGACAAUAUUUUCAUUAUUUUUGUUGAGUAUGUUGCAUUUUUCUGUGAGCUGCAGGAUUAGCAUUAAGCAUUAUAUUUCUGCAUUUUACAGACAUUCAUGCUUUGUCACCUUUGUCUAACAUAAGUUAAAAGCUUAGUUGACUCAAAAAUGACAAUUUUACUGUUAUUUACUCACCCUCAUGGUGUUCUAAGCCUGAACCAAAGGGAGACUGAAACUAUCAGUCCCUUAUAUUCUAUCAAGCAUCUCCAUUUGUGUUUCACUGAACAAAGGAAUUCAGAGUUUGGAACAACAUGAGGGAGUAAAUGAUGACAAACUUUUCUUUUUUUGGGAGAACUAUGCCUUUUAGAGUCAAGAUUAGACAUUCACGCUGAAGACAGUCAGUGUUGUACAAACAUGAGUGCUACCGGUACAUUACUACUGAGUCCCUAAAGGUUCAAGGUAAAAAAUAAGCAAAUGCUUUUGCGUUCUUGCUAAAACAUUGCAUUCCCCUGAUCAUUUUUGCAUGCUCUCGCAAAACCUUUGCAUUCUUAUGCAAAUUAUUUUGCAUUCUAUCACAAAAACGUUUGCGUCCUCUUGCAAAUAAUUUUGCGUUCUCUCGCUCGUCUUCUGCUAGCUCUCCUAUGUGUAUUCCUGCAUUAUUCCAGCUUUUGAGUCCAACAAGAAGAGAAAGCCAGUGCAAUGAAAAUUGAAGCCCAAAAGACGAUACAAUAGUGUUGUACAAUGCAAUGCACAAUUUACACAAAUUACAUUAAGUGCGAGUGGUCUAAUUGAAGUGGAAUGCUGUGGCGUACAAUUGAAUCGCAUGUUUGUUUGGAACAACUCUUUAGUUUAGCCACCUUGAUUGCUCUCCAUUCGGAGUGCCCUGUGGAGGCAUCAUUUAUGCGGUUUGCUACAUGUCAGUGUUGAAUGAUUGACUCACUCAUAACACCGUUGUUGCUGGCGCAUGAUAAAUGGCCACAUAAACCUACAUACAAAUAAAUAAUAGUUGAUAUUUGAGCAUAUGAUAUUUAAAUUACAUUAGGCCUGUAGUUUGGGGGAAAAUGCUACAUAUAUAAAAACAGUCAUUUUUGUAGCAUUUUCUUUGUAAAUAUUGCAUUUUGAAUUGCACUAAAAUCAUAUAUUUUCUGUUUUGUUUUGGCAUUGCCAUAUAUCAGAUUAAUAUAUGAUGUAAUGAUGCAAUAUGUAUCUUCUCACUCUUUACAUGUUUACCACUAAAAAUAGCCACCGGCACCUGUCACCUAGACUUAUCUCUCAUAAAUGCAAUAGCCUGUAGAGCAUUCAGGAGCAUGAAUGCAUAAACGAGAGCACAAGUUUUGCGAGAGAACGCAAAGUUUUGCGAGAGGACGCAAAAUAAUUUGCGAGAGAACGCGUAGUUUCUCGGGGGAAUGCAGAAGUUUUGCGAGUGCACGCAAGUUUUGUGAGAGAACGCAAAAGCCUUUGAUUAUUUUUUUCCCAUGCCACAAAUUUUCAACCCACCACCUUGGCCCUUUAGGGGCUCUAUACAGUCCCACUCACCAACACAAGAUACACAAAUACUGAGCUAUAACAGCAGAGGGCGCUAUAAGAUGUGACUGAUGCAAAGUAGCUUUUCAGCCAAUAAAAAUGUAGCAGCAGUAUUUCCCUGCCAUAACCAAAUCCACAUUAAUUGCAUUAACCAAAACCAUUUAGCUAUAUGUAUAAUUACUCUAGCACCUUAUUUUGAAUGGUUGAUGUACUGUAUUUAUAUUGUCCUGUCUUCUUUGUAUUCUGACAAUGUGUUAAAGUUUUGCCACAUUUGCUGGUGUAUCUUUGUAUAUUUGCAGAGUUGUGAAGAAUCUGUGCAGGGCACAGAUUGUCGAGUUGGUUUGUGUCAAAGGUUUUAUGUAGCAGAGGCAUUUGAAAAUACUUUUAGACUCUUAAAAAAACAUGUUAUCAUUUAAAAAAAUUCCAAAGAAGGAUGUUUUGCAUUUUUGUUUUUCUCUCAAAUUUUAAAAAGUUUCAGAGCACUUUAAUGUUAGUUUUGGCCAUAUACAGCAUGUACAAUAAUGGAAAACAUCUGAAAUGCCUAAACCACUUUUGAAGAAUUUAGAGUGAAACGGCGUGUGUAUUGUUUGCACGGAGGCUGUGUUUGGUUCCAACAUUUUAUUUGUAUUUUUUUGGCAAACAUUUGUUGAAUGUCUUAAAUGCUUUAUGGUACAACAUACAUUUCCGAACACGUUUAUCAAUUUUUAUCAAUGUUUUUUUUUUUUUGGUCACAUUUAAUCAGUCACAAUCAUUUAUUCUGUUAUAUGAUGUUUUUACAUGACAUCAGACUUGGGUAUUUGAAUAACAUAAAUAACUAGAUUAGUCAAAUUAUGGGAAAUGUAGCCCUGUAAUGUCAUUUUUUAUUUUUUUGCCCUAAUAUAAUAAUUAUACUAUAAUUAUAACUAGUAGAUUUAGAUGUUUGCAAAAAAAGUUCAAACCAAGUUUGAAUAGCCCUGUUUUUAUGAUAAAAGUUGGCCUGCCGUGCACUUUGGUCUUGUGAGACUCUUGUACGCAAUAAAAAUGGCCUUGUUGAGAGGCCACUUAGAAUCUGAACAUCCUGGAGAUACCAGAGAAUUUAUAGAAAAUAUGUACAAUUUACUUACCCUGUAUCAGAGACAAAUAGUUAAAGUAUACACUUGUAACAUUUCUUGGACCAGGAAAAUGUAGUAACUAUAGUAGGUAUUACCUAAUAUAUACACAUAUAUACAGUAUAAAUAUAGUCUGUAAAUAUAUUAUAUAGCUAUUGUCAGUUUCUGUUGAAUCUUUUUUUCUUGUUUACAUUCUUCAUAGAGGUAAAGAGAUAUGGAGUAUGUGUGAGUAAUUAAUGAAAGAACUUGCAAGAUGGAAAGAAGCUUUUAUAUCAGUAAUAAGCUCUAAAAGUUUACCUUGCAUCUUUAAUCUAACUUGUACACUUUACCUUAUGUUGCUCACAUUACAACAGCCAUGUUCCUAAUGUCAAAAGUUAAAGUCCCAGUCGAAUAGCCAGUUAUUCUGGGUUUAAUACGAGUUAAGCUCAGUCGACAGCAUUUGUGGGAUAAUAUUGAUUACCACAAAUGUAUUUUGACUUGUCCCUCCUUUUCUUUAGGCACUUACAAUGGAUGUGAAUCUGUAAACAUUAAAAUACUCACUUUUUUUAAAAGGGAGUAUUAUGUUUCUAAAAGUUGGUUCAAUAUGUUAUAUCUGCUAACAUUUAAAAGACAUAUCAAGACAAUGGAAGACAGUUUGGUGGUCAUAACUAGCAGUGGGGUCACUAUGACAAACAUGCCUUAAGUGUUUAAGGGAAUAGAGCUGACAUGAUUAUGAAUGUGUUGAUUAAAAUGUAUUCAGUGAAUUGAAUGCAAAAGAUAAUAUUGAUGCUACUGAUCUGAGCACUUUAGCAGAGAGCAUCACCAGGAUGAGUCAUGUGCGUUUUCAAACUUAGUUCAUUUGAGCACUCCAAACGGUCUCAGAGCGAUAUAACACGUAUAUGUGAACAACCCAAAUGAUCUCAGACUCAGACCCCCCCAAAAGGUCCCAUAAACUAACCGAUCUCAGACCAACUGUGGUGGUCUGAGUACGGUUAGUUUGCGGGUCAUUUUGUGGUUCGAUUGAUUGUUGCUAUGUGAAGGCGAAGAGGUACCAGUCCGUUUUGCUUUUUGUUAUGACAAGUACCUCGAGGCUUGCCAUUCAGCAUCAUUAUAUAAUCGCCUUAUCGAGAUUAUUUUGUCUAACCACGAUUAAUGUGAACUUUAAAUUGCACUCAUAUUUUACUGUCCAAAUAAGGGAAUUUUAAGCGAAUAUAGAAAUACCAUGAUUACCAUGGCCGCGUCGUUAGCUGAGCACUCCAAGUGAUACUGGUCGCAGUCAGAGCAGCUUCUGAAGAGUGCGUGAAGAUGAACUGCUUUGAAGUGUUGUGAUGCGCAUGCUGAAGUUCACACCAAACUCCCACGAAAAUACAAGCUAUUUUAUAGUGAAAGCAAAGCUCUCCGUUUCACUUUAAUUUAAUGUUUGGGUAAUGGCUAAUGAUUUGGGUUCAUUAAUAUAUCCAGUGUUAAUGACACACAGGAGACACCUGCUUUAUUUCUGUUGAGAAACAUAUUUUCAAAUAGUCAUUAUUAAUUUUCCUUCAUGCGAAACAAGGGUUUGUGGGUUUAAUCGGAGACCCUUAACAUAAUGUGAAAGUAAAGAAUUUAGGACAGAAAUAUAUUACUAUUGCAUAAUAUUAAUAGAAUAGAUUAGAAUAGAAUUUGCUGGGUUGUAUUAUAAACUAUUUAAAUGUAAAGUUGACCAAAAACAGGGACAUAUCUUAAGUAUUUGGAAAUAUUUGAACAUUGAAAAUGUAAUUUUUCAUGUCAUUUUAUCCGUGUGCUAUAUUUUAAGUUGUUAAAGCUUUAAAGGAAAUCAUAUUGUCCUGUUAUUUGAUUUCAAGUUAUAUACAUUAUUACUUAAUGUGAAUGUGUAUUCAGCAAACAUACACCUUAAGAAAUGACAAUUUAUCAACAUUAUCACAAUGAUUUGUAUUCCAGUAAUCGUGACUGCCAUGGGGUCUGAGUUCUGAAGGAUUUGUGGUAUGAACAACAAAGUGUCUUGAGACCACGUCAAUGCAAAAAGGACCAAAAAUGAAACUGGGUCCUCUUUAAGUCCACUUACAUUGUGAGCACCAAAAGCACUGAGGUCAUUGCAGCUGGUUCCCUUUUUGGUUAAUUUUAACUUAACUGGGUUUGGUUAAUUUUAAACAGACUAUAUAUGAAACCACCCAGAGAUCUUUAAUGAGGAAUGAUGUAUUUUUUAUUUCUUGGUAGAGUAUAUUAAUAAUGUGCCAGAUGAUGAUUGUGUAAACCUUUUAUCACUGAAGUUUUUGCCACGGAUUGAAUCCUGUUGUCGGUUUAUACACAGACAAACAUAUAUACUGGCUUCUGAAUCUUUUUUUUUAAUAAUGUACAGAUUUUGCUCUUAUGAAAAGAAAUUGGUACUUUUAUUAACAAAGUGGCAUUCAACUGAUCACAAAGUUGUCAGGACAUUAAUAAUGUGAAAAAUUACUACAUAAUUGUUUUUUUCUUAAACUACUUCAGAGUUCUCAUUAAAAAAAACUCCAUGUGCAGUAAUGUCAGCUUUGCAGAUUCUUGGCGUUCUAGCUGUCAGUUUGUCCAGAUACUCAGGUGACAUUUCACCACACACUUCCUGUAGCACAAUAGAUGUCUUGUCGGGCACUUCUCAUGCACCUUACAGUCUAGCUGACCCCACAAAAGAUCAAUGGGGUUAAGAUCCAUAACACUCUUUUCCAAUUAUCUGUGUUUCUUUGCCCACUCUAAACUUUUCAUUUUGUUUUCGUUUCUUUGCAAUUGUUUCCAUAAGGCCUGCACCCCUGAGUCUUCUCUUUACUGUUGUACAUGAAACGUGUCGAGUCUUUGAAGACUGUAGUGUACACCUUUCUAUGAAAUCAUUUCAAGCAUUGUAUAGACUUCAUUCCUAAAAAAAAAAUAACUGACUGAUGAGUUUCUAGAGAAAGCCGUUUCUUUUUUGCCAUUUUUUACCUAAUAUUGAUCUUAAGACAUGCCAGUCUAUUGCAUACUGUGGCAAUUCAAAAACAAACACAAAGACAACGUCAAGCUUCAUUUAACAAACCAAAUAGCUUUCCGCUGAGUUUGAUAUAAUGGCAAGUGCUUUUCUAGUACCAAAUUAAAAAUUUAGCAUGAUUACUCAAGGAUAAGGUGUCUAGAUUUGAUCAAUAAUGACUUUUUUCAAAUAGUGAUGGUGCAGUUUUUUUUUUACAUCAGUAAUGUCCUGACUAUACUUUGUAAUCUGUUGAAUGCCACUUUGGUGAAUUAAAGUAACAAUUUCCUUCCGAAACAGCAAAAUCUGAACAUUAUUCCAAAUAUUUGGCCGCCAGUGUAUAUAUGUAUGUAGAUAAUGUUUUUAAUGGAAUAACCUACCUGUUGCACCUUACAUCCUGCUCACUUUAGUACAAUCUUGACUUUUUUGCAUCAGUAUUUAGUAAUUGUUAAUAUAUUUAAAUGUGUUGCAUCUUUGAUUUCUCUUUAUAUUUUAAAAAUACAUAAAGAACCUCUUUAAAGCUUAAGCUUUAAGGCUUUGAAAUGUGUUCGGGUAUUACUGAAUUGAAAAUGUAAACACUUCUCCAGAAAGUGUUAGGAUACACAUUGCACUUACUUUAUAUUCAGAAUGUCCUUUUUCCCUUUUCCUCUUUCAUUUCCUUAAGACAAAAAGCAAUACUUCUGAGAAACUUAAUGCAGUCUUUAGCCACCAUUUGCCCAUCUUUUCAUUUAUCUUUUAAUUCUUAUCUUUACUGAAAAAUUGUGGAGCUAAAUUGCACAAAGAUACAUACUGGUUACCUCCAAGUGGCCAUAGAAGAGCUAAAUGUUUUGAUUUGGUGCAUUUAGAAGAUGUUUGUGAAGCAGAAUAAAAGGUGGAAGACUUAAGUUGUACUAUUUUAUGUGUAUUCCUGGUUUGCUGCUCAUUGAGGAAAAAAAUGGGAUGCUUGAGGCCUUCUUAUUUUCUUGUUUUUAAAUACAUUUCUUUAAAUGAUUCUGAAUAGAGGUUAAGCUUUGUAUUAAGAAGGAGAUUUGUCUGUUUGUUCUAGUGUGUGCUAUUCUUUGUAAUGGGCUAAACAUUAAGUAAGAGGGAAAGAUAGUAAUGACUUGCACUUUGGAGCAUGGAGAGUUGAUUUUGUCUUAUUGUCUGUGGAAUUUUUGUAGAAACCACUCACCAUGCAGUUAUCUUCUAAAUACAUUUUAAAACCAAAUACAAAUAUGUAAUCACUUUUUUCCUAAACUAGCAGUUAACAUAAUACCUUAACUUGCCCAUACUUUCAACGUAUUAAAUCAAUCAUAAGUGUGACUGUUCCUACAUUUUUAUUAUAUACAGUACUAUGUAAACUCAAUGUCUAAGUUAACAUUUUUGUACAAAGACAACAUGCAGACAGUAGUCGUGCUGGUUCUGUCAACAGCAUACUAAACAAUACAAAGACUAGAGUCGAGCGGUGCUAAUAACAUGCUGUAUUUUAUGUCAUUUAUUGUACCAGAUAGUGUUUAUUGUCUGUACCGAAACAAAAUAAAAGUAUAAUUUCAAUAGUGAACUAAUUUAAAUAUCACCCAAAACAUUUUUGUGUUGUUGUUUUUUUAAAGCAAAUGUUUCUGUCAUACUGUUUGAAUCAUACAGAAUAAAUCAGAAUUAUAUAUUAACAAUAUGUUGAAAACAAUAACAUUGUACACAUUGUAACACUAGAAGCUGCUGGAUAAAGAAAGUAAAGCAAUUUACAAAUAUCUGAUGUUCAUGUCUUUCAACUGAUUGUUGAAUCAUAAAGAGUGUGAUAUGAAUAUAAAUAUGAAUUCUUUUCAUUUAAUUUAUUUUCAUGGAAUGAAUCUGAGAACAGUUGUUUAGUUCACUGACUUGUGCUGAU